AGGACGACAAUAAUCAGCUGGGCGAAGACGAAGAGGCCGAGGCAGAAGUUCCUGACAGAAACACCCAACGUGGCCCUCAUCCGCAGCCCCCGAAGCAGGACCGUCUCCGCUCGGCUCGAGAGGUCAGGAUCAAGGAGCUGAAGAUGGAGGACGUGGUGAGGACCUCGGCACUUCACCUGGCUUUCCUGGCGGUCAUCGUCACCGUCAGUCUGUACAACAGGGGCGACCACGCGUACUACCUGCACCGGUCUGUCACCAACACCUUCCUGGAGAACAGGCAGUUCAAGCAGAUACACACAGCGGACGGUUUGUGGACGUGGACAGAGGAGGUACUACUACCGAACCUGUACCCUGACGUAACCUACAGCAACACCAGUGUUCCACUACGUGACAGAAAGUUCAUCUCCGAUGGGACUUCUUUCCGAGUGGGAAGAGUUCGACUGCGACAGCUUAGAGUCACACCAACAGACCAGUGCCCAAUACCUGUGGUGAUGAGAGCAACUGUCCCGAAGUGCAACGUGGACUACUCCUGGACCAAUGAGGACACGCGUUCCAUGUCACAAGGAUGGGUACCUCAGACAGACCUCAGUAACCAUAGAAAUAAUACCAAUCAUGCCAUGACGACGCCAAAGACGGAAGACCUGGCUCCCUGGAGGUACGAAGACGCCAUUGAUUUAACCUCAGUGGCCUUUUAUGGUGAAUUACAUCUUUACAGAGGUGGUGGAUACGCUGUUGUCUUAAAGAACAACGCAAAGCGUGCUAAGACGCAGCUUUCUGGUCUCAAGAAAACUGCCUGGCUGGACAAGUACACGCGUGCUGUGUUCGUCGAGUUUUCUCUCUACAGUCCUCCGUCCAGUCUUUUCAUGGCAGUGACAAUCGUCCUGGAGUUUACAACCGUUGGUGACGUCACUAGGUAUCCCAGAAUCCAAAGCGUCCGACUGUACGGUGUUGAUCCCGUGAUCAUCACGUGCAAGGCCCUGUACUGCCUGUUCGUGCUGUAUUUCAUUGGACGCGAGGGGCGGAGGAUCAGACGAAAAGGCAGGGAAUAUUUCAGAAGCUUUUGGAACUGCGUAGAGAUACCGUUCAUUGUACUGGAGGUAGCGGCUGUUGCACUGUACGGAGUAAGAACGGCUUUCUGUAACGACGUUCUGGAUAAAUUGAACGAAAGAGGUGGUUUCGUUAACUUCCAGUCUGCCGCUUGGUGGAACGAUGUCUACAGUUACGUCCUCGCCUGUUUGGUGUUCGCCUCCAUAGCCAAGUUUCUGACGCUCUUGCGAUUCAACGGACGGAUGGCCAUGCUUUCCUACGUCAUCAGACGGGCGACCAAUGAGCUGGUCCAUUUCACCGUCAUGUUCUUCGUCAUCUUC